AUGAGAUUAUGUGCCAUGCAGAUAUUCGAAGAGUACAGGAAAAUUUACGACUUUGGGAACAACUGGAAAUUCGAGGAGUAUGCAAAAGUCAAAAAGCCCACGACGAGAGAGAUACGCCGUGACAUGCACAAGCAGAGGCAAUGGAGGAAUGACCUGGAGAAAAUGAAAAUAUCUCAGGUCGUUGGAUGCAUAUAUGUGGAGUCCAAAACUCUAAGGAACAAUCUGAUGCCCAUUGCUUUGAAUACUUUGGAGAGCAUCAAAGGCCUCCUUCUGGAUAUGGCGCGAGACUCUUGCCUGUCGCUGCUUCAAGAUGUACAGGAGCGAAUUGCGCUGCUUCAAUCGCGCCCUUCCAUCCUGGAUGAUUACGUCAGCUACCAGGUACUUCACAAGAGGCAGUUGAGCGACAAGAAGUCCGUAUUGGACAAUGGAGGGCAGGUGGAUGACAUGUACGAAAUGCUGGCCAUAUACGAGCAGAAGGUCCCAACGGCAGACCAGGUCAAGCACGACGACCUCCGCGAAGCCCUCGUGAACUUCGUGGAAGAGCUGAGAACCGGGAAGGAGUUCCUAGCAGAUCACAAGGCGUCGCAAAUAGACACACUGACGACCAAUGUACAGGAGCUCAACGAGGAAACCAUGAACAUUCUGCGAUCGCUCCACUCAGGUAUGUGCAUGGAACCUGAGAGCGACGCUGUGGAGGUCGUCAGCCACCUUGAAGAGAUUCUUCACAAGAUGGAAGAAAUUCGGGCUCUGUCAGAGACCUACAUCGAGUAUCAAAAAAUGUUCGACCUGACUCCAGACGACUUCACGAGCCUGUCGAUGACGGAAAAAGAGGUACAGUCCAGGUACGACGUGUGGCUGUCCCUUCGCGACUUCAUUGAGAAAAGCACAGACUGGACAGAUGGGCCCCUGCUAACGGAGGAUGGUGCGACUCGGCUGGAAUUUGAGGUGGUGGGCAGGGAAGUGGAUGAGUACGCCGCCAAAGCAUACAAAAUGGGCAAGGCAAACAAGGAGGAUAGGGUCGUGUACAGACUGAAGGAUUGUAUCGAUGAGUUCAAGAUUGUCAUGCCCGUCGUCGAAGAGCUGAGCAACCCUGCCCUUAAACAACGGCAUUGGGAGGACAUUUUCCACAUCGUGGGAAUGGAAGUUCCCCAGAAGGAGGAUGGUGCCGGGUACGAGCCCUUCUCUGUUGCCGAUUUGAUGGGGCACAAUGUUCUGGGGCGUUUGGAAGAAAUCCAAGUUGUGAACGCAAGCGCAAGCAAAGAAUAUUCCCUCGAGAAGGCAUUGGAGAAGAUGAAGCUGGACUGGGAAGGGGUUGAUUUCCGGGUUGUUGAGUACAAGGAUACGGGAACUUACAUUGUCGGCGGCACUGACGAGAUACAGGCCCUGUUGGAUGACCAGAUCGUUAAAGUGCAGUCCAUGCGCGCGUCGCCUUUCAUUGGUCCCCUCGAGAAAGAAUGCGCAGAAUGGGAUGAUCUGCUGACUACACUGCAAGACAUUUUGGACAACUGGAAUCAAUGCCAGGCCACAUGGCAGUACCUGGAGCCCGUCUUCAGCAGUCCGGACAUCAUGAAACAAAUGCCGGAGGAAGGGGAGAAAUUUCUGCAGGUGGACCAGCUCUGGCGAGAAAUGAUGGAGAGUGCGUACGACAAUCCAUCCUGUCUCGUCAUUGCCCGCGACAAGGAGCGCCUGGCAAAUCUGGAGGAAAACAACCGACUUCUGGAGGAAAUUCAGAAGGGACUCGCUGCUUACCUGGAAGUCAAGCGCAUCGCCUUUCCCAGGUUCUUCUUCUUGUCCAACGACGAAAUGCUGGAGAUCCUGUCGGAAACCAAGGACCCCACAAGAGUGCAGCCCCACCUCAAGAAAUGCUUCGAGGCCAUUGACAAGCUGAGAUUCGAGCCGAACACCGACAUAUCGGGCAUGAUAUCCACGGAGGGUGAACUUGUUCCGAUGAAGACAAAGAUUAGGCCCAAGGACGCAAACGGGGCUGUUGAAAAAUGGCUGUACGAGGUGGAGGCUGGCAUGGUUGAAUCAGUCCAAGAGGUCUGCUGCCAAGGUGUGGAGGCCUACCCCACAAAACCGAGGGCGCAGUGGGUGCUCGAAUGGCCAGGCCAGGUCGUCUUGGUCGUGACGGCGAUUUUCUGGACAUCAGACGUCGCCAACGCGAUCAGGUCUGGGAGGCCCGGUGCGCUUCAGGAAGUGUCCGACGACUGCACGUUGCAGCUGACAGAGAUAGUGGGGCUGGUUCGCGGCGACCUGGCGAAGUUGAACAGGAUGACGCUCAGCGCCCUGGUGGUCAUGGACGUUCACGCGCGAGACGUGGUCGACCGGCUUGCCAAGGAGGGCAUUGAGGGCAACGAGAACCACUUCUCGUGGGUUUGCCAGCUGAGGAUGUACUGGGAGAGCCUUGAUCCCGACGAUCCAGAGAACAAGACGAUCCCUAUUCGCAUGAUGAACUCGUCUGUUGAAUAUGGCUACGAGUACCUCGGGAACUCUUCGCGCCUUGUCGUGACACCCCUCACUGAUCGAUGCUAUCGCACUUUAAUGGGUGCCAUACAUCUCAACCUGGGGGGCGCUCCAGAAGGGCCUGCUGGAACCGGCAAGACCGAGACAACCAAGGAUCUUGCCAAAGCGCUGGCUCGACAGUGCGUUGUUUUCAAUUGCUCUGAUACUCUGGAUUACUUGACGAUGGCAAAAUUUUUCAAGGGCCUCAUCGCGUCUGGAGCGUGGGCCUGCUUUGAUGAGUUCAAUAGGAUUGAUUUGGAGGUCUUGUCGGUUGUCGCGCAACAAGUCCUCGAGAUGCAACUGGCCGUCAAGAACAAAUUGAAGUCCGUUGUUUUCGAAGGGAGUGAGCUCCCGGUCCGCCCGUCAUGCAAUGCCUUCAUCACCAUGAAUCCUGGUUAUGCGGGAAGAUCGGAGCUUCCAGACAACCUGAAGGCGCUGUUUCGCACCGUCGCCAUGAUGGUCCCUGACUACGCGCUGAUAUCCGAGAUCAUCCUAUACUCCAACGGCUAUUUGAAGGCCAGGGACUGUGCGAGGAAAAUCGUUGCCACCUACAGGCUGUGUUCAGAGCAGCUGUCAAGCCAAGACCACUAUGAUUACGGGAUGCGCGCGGUGGUUGCCGUGCUCCGAGCCGCUGGGAAUCUGAAGCGAAAAUACGUGGACGAGGAUGAGUUUGUCUUGUGCUUGCGGUCCAUCGUGGAUGUCAAUCUGUGCAAGUUUUUGAGUCACGACGUCCCCCUCUUUAACGCCAUCGUGUCCGAUCUGUUCCCGGGGGUCGAGGUGCCUCCCGCGGACAAUGGCGACCUCCUGGAUGCCAUAAAAGACAAGUGCGCAAGCGUGAACUUGCAGCCUACUGAGUACUUUGUCAUGAAGGUGAUUCAAUUGUACGAAAUGAUCAUCGUUCGACAUGGGUUAAUGGUCGUGGGACAGCCAUUUUCAGGGAAGACCAGCGCCCUGAAUGUUCUGGCGGGAGCGCUGUCGAGCUUGCACGACAAAGGCAUUCAAGGAACCCUGUUCAACAAAGUGCACACGCGGUGCAUCAACCCAAAGUCGGUCACCAUGGGGCAGCUUUAUGGCGAAAAUGACAAGGCGACUCAGGAAUGGAAGGACGGCGUUUUGGCCGUGUGCUUCCGCCAGCUGGCCUCGGACCAGUCUGAUGACCGCAAGUGGCUCAUACUGGACGGCCCCGUGGACGCCAUAUGGAUUGAGAACAUGAACACAACUCUCGACGACAACAAGAAGUUGUGUUUGCCGAACAGCGAGAUCAUUCAGAUGUCCAACACCAUGUCCUUGAUUUUCGAGGUCGGAGACUUGGCGGUCGCUUCGCCAGCCACUGUAUCCCGUUGCGGCAUGGUCUAUCUCGAGCCACACCAACUGGGUUGGAAGCCAUGCCUCACAUCCUGGCUGGAUACGCUCCCGCGAGCAACCCUGGGUGACCCACUGGUGAAACGCUUGGAGCACCUGUUCCUGUGGAUGAUUCCUCCUUGUCUCAGAUUUGUCAGAAAGGAAGUCAAGGAGACGUCCCCGACAACGGACACGAACUUGGCAAUGACAGCAAUGAAAAUUGUGGCAUCGCUGCUCACCGAAUUUCGCCCGUCCGGGGACGAGGAAGCGCCCCCUCCACCAGAGGGAUAUGAAGAUGUCAUGGAAGGAACGCCAACCGGGCUCGUCGCACCAGUUAUGCCCGAUGAUGCUGGAAGCAACGUCUUCGAUUUUGUGUUCAACAAGACAUCCAAUUCCUGGCAAAAGUGGACGGACACAAUUCCUGAAACCAAGAUUGCAGCUGGCACACAGUUCUCCGACAUAAUUGUACCCACAAAGGAUUCUGCAAGGUACACAUUUCUGCUGGACACGGCUUUGAAGAACAAUCAGCCGCUGCUCAUGGUGGGACCAACGGGGACGGGGAAAUCGGUUUACAUCUGCAGGCAUCUUGUACAGGGUCUCCCAAAAGAUUCCUGGACACCCAUAUUCGUGACAUUUUCAGCUGGGGCCUCUGCAAACAUGACCCAGGAACAGGUAGAUGGACGCUUGGACAAAAGGCGGAAGGGCGUCUACGGGCCCCCAGUCGGGAAGAGGUGUGUGGUGUUUGUCGACGAUCUCAACAUGCCGGCAAAGGAGACGUACGGGGCGCAGCCGGCCGUGGAAUUGCUGCGCCAGUUCAUGGACUACUCCGGUUGGUACGGUCGCGACAACGCCUUCCGACAGAUGAUCGAUGUCCAGUUCAUUGCAGCCAUGGGGCCUCCGGGCGGAGGGAGGACAUUCGUGACUAACCGCUACCUCAGGCACUUCAACACCCUGGCGCUUAGCCAGGUUUCCGAUGAUAUGCUAGCAAUGAUAUUCAAAACAAUUCUGUCCUGGAGCUUGGAAUCUGGGGGGUUUCCAAAGUCUGUAAAGUCCUUGUGUGGGCCCAUCAUUCAAGCGACGUUGGAAAUGUACUCUCGAUCGAUGGAAAAGCUGCUACCGACGCCAAUGAAAUCUCAUUAUGUCUUCAACCUGAGGGACUUCGCCCGCGUCAUUCAAGGCGUCAAUAUGCUGCGCUCCUCGUCCCUUCCUGAAGGCGAUGGAGAUGCACAGGCUGUGUUCAAGCGCCUGUGGGUGCAUGAGGUCUUCCGGGUAUUCUACGAUCGCCUCGUGGAAGACAAAGAUCGGUUAUGGCUCAUAGAUCAGGUCCAGAAGACUGUACGCGACCACCUGGGGGUUGAAUUCGGCAAGUUAAUGUCGACAGUAGCUUCAGACGAGGACACUCCAAUCACCCAUGAAGAUAUGAGGCGGUGCUUCUUUGGCGACUACAUGGAUGUGGACGCCGAGCCGCCGGAGAGAAAGUACCGGGAAAUAUCUGACGUGGACGAGUUGCUAUCUGCCAUGGAGAACUACCUUUUUGACUACAACGCGACCAGCAAGCGCCCUAUGAACCUGGCCAUGUUCCUUUUCGCCGUUGAGCAUGUGUCGCGGAUCUGCCGCAUUCUGAAACAGCCAGGAGGGCAUGCCUUGCUGGUCGGAGUUGGCGGGAGCGGGCGCCAGAGCCUCACCAGGCUGGCAGCCUUCAUAUGCGGAAUGGAAGUCUUCCAGGUAGAAAUCUCGAAGAGCUACGGAAGGGCCGAAUGGAGGGAAGACCUCAAGAGUAUUUUAAAGAAGUCCGGGGGAGAAAUGAAGCAGACCGUUUUCCUCUUUUCCGACACGCAGAUCAAAGACGAGGCUUUCGUUGAAGACAUCAACAAUAUUCUCAAUUCAGGAGAAGUGCCCAACAUGUUUGCCACGGACGAAAAAAUGCAGGUCCUCGAGAUGGUCCGCCCCGCGGCCUCCAAGAAGGGUCUCGAAAGCACCGUCGAGUUGUGGGGCUUCUUCGUCGUCCAAUGCCGGAGCAACCUCCACGUCGUGUUCUGCAUGUCGCCCAUCGGAAACGCCUUCAGAGACAGGUUGCGGCGCAACCCAUCCCUGGUGAAUUGCUGCACUGUGGAUUGGUUCACGAAAUGGCCAACGGACGCCCUGGAAGCUGUGGCGUUCAAAUUCCUGAAAGAAAUGGAUUUGGAGGAAGACCUGAGGAAAAGGCUCGUGGGGUGCUGCAAGUCAAUCCACAAAAAGGCACAGGAAUCUUCGGAGCAAUUCCUGGCAGACCUGGGGCGCCACAAUUACGUGACUCCCACAUCUUACUUGGAACUCAUUUCAAUGUUCCAGUCCCUGCUUCAGACCAAGCGGGAAGAGAACACAGUGCAGAAAGACCGCUACCUUGUCGGCCUUGAAAAAUUGGACAGCAGCGCACAGCAGGUAGCGACGAUGCAAAAGGAUCUUAGAGAGCUGCAGCCGCAGCUUGUUGUCACCGUGGGCGAGGUUGAGGAACUGGUUGAAAAGGUGGCAAAGGAGAAGAAAGAGGUGGUCGAACCGAAGGCGGAGAUUGUGAGGGAAGAGGAGAAGAAGGCGCAGGCGAAAGCCGACGAAGCGAAAGCUAUCAAGGACGAGUGCGAGGGCGAGCUUGCGGAGGCAAUUCCCAUCUUGGAGAAGGCGCUUGCCGCGCUGGACACCAUAAAGGAGGCAGACAUCACGUACAUAAAGAAACUCGGUAACCCUCCAGGGGCAAUCAAGCUUGUCCUCGAGUGCGUGUGCGUCAUUUUGGAUGUGAAGCCAUCAAAGAUAAAGGACGACACCGGCAAAAUGGUUCCGGACUACUGGAAGCCGUCCGUGGCCUUGAUGAACGAAAAGGACUUCCUUCAAAAGCUGAAGAACUACGACAAGGACAACAUCCCUCCGAAGAUCAUCGAAAAGAUCCGCAGCACGUACAUAUCAAACGAGGCGUUCACGCCCGAGAAUGCCAAGAAGGCGUCGCCAGCCGCGGAGGGCAUGUGCCAAUGGGUGCACGCGAUGUCGUCGUACGACAGAGUUGCGAAGGUUGUGGCCCCCAAGAAAGCAGCGCUGAAAGAGGCCGAGGGACAGUACGAAGAGGUCAUGGUCGGCUUGAGGGCCAAGCAGGCUGAGCUCAAGGAAACGAUGGACAAGUUGUUCGCCAUGGAGACGGAUCUCGAGCAGAACACGAAGAAAAAGGAGCAGCUGGAAGCGGAGGUGGAGCUUUGCUCGGUGAAGCUUGAGAGGGCAGAACAGCUGAUUGGGGGGCUGAGCGGGGAGAAGUCGAGAUGGACUCAGACGGCAGAAAAUCUUGCAGAGGCUUAUGUGAACCUGACUGGGGACAUGAUGAUUUCUGCAGCGAUUGUUGCAUACCUUGGUGCUUUCACUGCAUCUUACAGGCAAAGAAUCAUACUGGAGUUCGUGCAACUGUGCAAGGCUCAGGAGAUUCCGCACAGCCUAAAUUUUUCAAUGACCGCGGUGUUGGGCGACCAAGUGAAGAUACGAGAGUGGAUGAUCAAUGGGCUUCCAAAUGACACUUUCUCAAUUGAGAACGGAAUCAUAGUUUACAACGCCCGGAGGUGGCCCCUGAUGAUCGACCCUCAGGGACAGGCCAACAAGUGGAUCAAAAACCUCGAGAGAGCAUCCAACCUGCAGGUGAUUAAGCUGUCGCAGGGGGGCGAGUACAUAAGAACACUGGAGAACGCCAUUCAGUUCGGUCUGGCUGUUCUCCUAGAAAAUGUGGGCGAGGAGCUGGACCCUUCGUUGGAGCCCCUUCUGUUGAAACAGAUCUUCAAGUCCGGAGGGGUGGACUGCAUCCGCCUGGGAGACUCAACCAUCGAGUACUCCAGCGACUUUCGAUUCUACAUAACCACGAAGAUGCGGAAUCCGCACUACCUUCCCGAGACGGCCGUGAAAGUGACUCUCCUCAAUUUCAUGAUCACGCCAGCUGGCCUUGGGGACCAGAUGCUGGGGUUCGUCGUCGCGACGGAGCGGCCGGACCUCGAGGAGCAAAGGAACGAGCUUGUGGUGCAGAGCGCCACGAACCAGAAGAAGCUCAAGGAAAUCGAGGACAAAAUCCUGCAGGUGCUGUCGUCCUCGGAGGGCAACAUACUGGAGGACGAAACCGCGAUUCAGAUCAUCACGGAGGCCAAAGUCCUGGGAAACGACAUUGCCGAGAAGCAAAAGCUCGCCGAGGUCACGGAACAGGAGAUAGAGCACGCAAGGACGGGGUACAAACCCUGCGGGGCGUUUGCCGCCAUACUGUUCUUCUGCAUAUCAGACCUUGCGAACGUGGACCCCAUGUACCAGUACUCCCUGACGUGGUUCGUGAACCUCUUCAUUGCUUCGUUGCUCGCGUCCGAGCAGUCGGGCGACCUGGCUCAAAGAUUGUCCAACAUCCGCGACCACUUCACGUACUCCCUGUUCUGCAACGUGUGCCGGUCGCUGUUUGAGAAGGACAAGCUCCUGUUUUCGUUCCUCCUUUGCGUGAGGAUAUUGGAGAGCGAGGGGAAGAUUGACAUGGAAGAAUGGGGGUUCCUGUUGACGGGAGGAAUGAGCGAUGGGAGGAACCCGCCAAACCCUGCGUCUGAUUGGCUGGUGGACAAAUCCUGGAGGGAGAUUUGCACCCUCAGCAAACUUCAGUCCUUCUCCGGACUAUCGGAUGGGUUUCAAAAGGACGUGGAGUAUUGGAAUGGGAUGUACGACAGCCUGGAGCCGCACAAUGUGGCAUUCCCCCCGCCGUUCGAUGAGCUCGAGAGUUUUCGAAAGCUCCUCAUCGUGCGGUGCAUCAGACCUGACAAAGUGGUCAUUGCCGUGCAAGACUUUGUCGAUCGGACUCUCGGCAGGCGGUUUGUAGAGCCUCCGCCCUUCGACCUUAGGGCGUGCUACAGGGAUUCGACUCCCACCAUGCCUCUGAUCUUUGUCCUGUCCCCAGGGUCUGAUCCCACAGCGGCUCUCCUGCAGUUUGCAGCGGAAAACGACAUGGAUGGCAGACUGCAUGCCAUAUCGUUGGGCCAAGGGCAGGGGCCGAAGGCGGCGGUCAUGAUCGCCGAGGGCUUGGAAAGCGGCCAUUGGGUGGUCCUGCAGAACUGCCACUUGGCGCCUUCCUGGAUGCCUGCUCUCGACAAGAUUUGCGAGGACAUGGAUCCCGACACUGUGAACUCAGACUUCAGGCUGUGGAUGACCAGCUACCCAUCCCCAAAGUUCCCCGUCAGCAUCUUGCAGAAUGGCAUCAAGAUGACCAACGAGCCUCCGAAGGGCAUUCGAGCCAACAUGAAGCGGUCCUACAUGCUGGAGCCUUUGGCGAAUGACGAAUUCUUUGAGGGGUCUUUGCGGCCAAUCCAAUUCAAGACUCUUGUGUUCGGUCUCGUUUUCUUUCAUGCAGUUGUGCAAGAGCGCCGAAAAUUUGGCCCGCUAGGGUGGAACAUACCUUACGGUUUUGACGACGGCGAUCAACGCAUCAGCGUCCAACAGCUGCGCAUGUUCAUCGACGAGAACGAGGAGGUGCCAUUCGACGCGCUGCGGUACGUCACGGGCGAGUGCAACUACGGCGGCCGGGUUACCGACGACAAAGACCGCCUGCUGCUCAACAGCACCCUCAACAACUGCUACUGCCCCGCUAUGAUCGACACCGAGGGAUACAAGCUCUCCCCGUCGGGCCUGUAUUACGCCAUGACACCCGGCGAUCGGCAGUCGUACAUUCAAUACAUCGAGUCCCUGCCAAUGAUCCCCCUCCCCGAAGCAUUUGGUCUGCACGAGAACGCAGACAUCACCAAGGACCAAAACGAAACGGCGAGGAUCUUCUCGUCGCUCAUAUCCCUGGGCGGCUCAGGAGGCGGGGGUUCAGGGGGGGCGGGAACGGAAGACCGUGUGGGAAUGGCCGUCAGGGAGUGUCUUCAGAGGCUGCCACCAAAUUACGAUAUCGAGGCCGUGCAGCGCAAAUAUCCCGUGAGGUACGACGACAGCAUGAACACGGUGCUGGCGCAAGAGAUGACCCGCUUCAACAAGCUGCUCAGCGUCAUCAAGGCUUCUCUUAAGGACAUCGACCUCGCGAUCCAAGGCCUGCUCGUCAUGUCCGCUGAGCUGGAGGCCGCGUUCCGGAGCAUCGCCAUCAACGAGGUGCCCGACCUGUGGAAGAAGGCUUCCUACCCGUCCCUCAAGAGUCUGGGGUCUUACCUGCAGGACCUGUACAGGCGGCUCGCAAUGCUGCAAAAGUGGUACGACCACGGCAUCCCGCCCAUUGCCUGGAUAUCUGGCUUCUUCUUCGUGCAGUCGUUCCUGACGGCCGCGCUGCAAAAUUACGCCCGGAAGCACAGAAUCCCCAUCGACACGGUUGAGUACGAUUUCGAAAUGCUGAGCAUGGACGAGGAGGAGUACACGAGCCCACCGGACGAGGGCGUGUUUGUGUACGGGCUGUUCUUGGAGGGCUGCGGGUGGGAUCCAGAAGCCAAGCGGCUGUGCGAGUCCAAGCCCAAGAUGCUGUUCGUGCGGUCGCCGUGCAUGUGGCUGAAGCCCAAGCGGUGUGACCAAGAGGUCGCCUACAAGCACUACAGCUGCCCGGUGUACCGGACGGCGGAGAGGAGGGGCGUCCUGGCGACCACGGGGCACUCCACGAACUUCGUCAUGUUCGUCAAGCUGCCCACCGACUGGGAGCCUAGCCACUGGAUCAUGCGCGGCGUCGCCAUGCUCAGUCAAUUGACAGACUGA